AAAAGAAAUAAUAGAAGACAGAGAAACUAUAAAUACCGUAAUUUCAGUUCAAUUGAAUUCGGUUGAUUUCCAAUUCUCAUUUUUAGAUUCCCUUUUCAUUUGUGGGGAAACCUCGGUGAUCAUUUCUCAAUUCUCAUCUCUCAAUUCUCUGAAUCACGAAAUCCCGAGGCAAUCCACAAUUCCCCCACUUCUCUCUUUCAAUUCUUUUUAUUUUUUUUUGGCACAUGCCCAUUGUAACAGUUUUUGGUUCUUUAUAAAUUUUUAUUUUUCUUUAAAAGAUUUUGAAGGGAGAUUUCAUGUUGGCAUUGCAUAAAGUAUAAUCUUAGGGUUAAAAAGAUGAGCGUGAUUUCGACACAAGUAAUGCCGGCAUGUGAUUCUUUAUGUUUCUUUUGUCCUGCAUUGCGUACUAGAUCAAGGCAGCCUAUUAAGCGUUACAAGAAGUUGUUGGCUGAUAUAUUCCCUCGUGCUCCGGAGGAACAACUGAAUGAUCGAAAGAUUGGUAAACUCUGUGAAUAUGCUGCUAAAAACCCUCUCCGCAUUCCAAAGAUAACAAGUUCUCUUGAGCAAAGGUGUUACAAGGAUUUGAGAAGCGAACAGUUCCAAUCAGUAAAAAUUGUAAUGUGUAUCUACAGGAAAUUGUUGAUUUCUUGCAAGGAGCAAAUGCCAUUGUUCGCGAGUAGCUUGCUUAGCAUCAUACACAUUCUACUGGAUCAAACACGGCAUGAUGACAUACGUAUAUUAGGAUGCCAAGUUCUUUUUGACUUUGUGAAUAAUCAGAGAGAUGGUACUUAUGUGUUCAAUUUAGACGGCUUGAUUCCGAAACUUUGUAUUAUAGUUCAGGUAAUAGGGGAGGAGGGAAGAGUCGAACAAUUGCGUACUGCUGGACUUCAGGCCCUAUCAUCAAUGGUCUGGUUCAUGGGUGAAUUCUCUCAUAUUUCUACAGAUUUUGAUACUGUGGUUUCGGUUGUUUUGGACAAUUAUGGUUGUCAGACUAAAAACUCAGACGUGGAUGGUUUCCAGAGUGAAUGUGUUCAAGAAGAUUCUUGUUCAACAGAUGCCCUGAGUAAGAUACCUUCUUGGAGGAGAAUUGUUAGUGAGCAAGGAGAAGUUAGUGUAUCUAUGGAGGAAUCCAAGAACCCCACAUUUUGGUCAAGAGUUUGCCUGCAUAACAUGGCGCAGUUGGCCAAGGAAGCUACAACUGUGCGACGGGUCCUAGAGUCAUUAUUUCGCUAUUUUGAUGAUGGGGACCUUUGGUCUCCUCAACAUGGUCUUGCUCUUUCAGUCUUGCUGGAUAUGCAGUUAAUAAUAGAGAAAUCAGGACAAAAGACACACUUUGUGUUGUCCAUCCUAAUUAAGCACCUUGAUCACAAGAAUGUUCUUAAGAAGCCCAAUAUGCAACUAGACAUUGUUGAAGUUGCCACCCGCCUUGCUCGACAAACAAGGAUUCAACCAUCUGUAGCUAUAAUUGGUGCAUUGAGUGAUAUGAUGAGACACCUGCGCAAAAGCAUACACUGUUCCCUUGAUGAUUCAGAUCUGGGGACUGAAAUAAUUGAAUGGAACCGAAAAUUUCGAGCAACUGUAGAUGAAUGCCUUGUGCAGAUAUCUUACAAGGUUGGAGAUGCUGAUCCUAUUCUUGAUGUGAUGGCUGUGAUGUUGGAGAACAUGCCGAGUAUUACUGUUAUGGCCAGAACCUUAAUAUCAGCUGUUUACCGUACUGCUCAAAUAGUAGCAUCUCUGCCAAAUUUGUCCUAUCAGAACAAGGCUUUUCCUGAAGCAUUGUUUCAUCAAUUGCUUCUCGCGAUGGUCUAUGAAGACCAUGAAACCAGGGUGGGUGCACACCGUAUAUUUUCCAUUGUUCUAGUCCCAUCUUCUGUUUGCCCUCGACCUGCUGUUGCUGCUUCUUUUAUCUCCAGUAAGGCUACCAAUAUGCAAAGGAUGCUUUCAAGAACAGUAUCUGUGUUUUCAUCUUCAGCUGCACUCUUUGAGAAGUUGAAAAAGGAAGAGCAUUCCCCACAAGAAAAUGUAUUGGAAGACAAGGACAAACCAAUAAACUUUGAGGAUUCAGUGAUGAAUAAUCCUUCUAUGCUGAACAGAUUGAAGUCAAGUUACAGCCGAGCUUAUACUGUGAAGAGGCAUACAUCACCUAUAACAACAGAAGAAAUAACCAGGAGCAGCUUGGGUAAAAAACAGGUAAUGUCCCUGAGGUUGAACAGUCACCAGAUUACCCUUCUGCUUUCAUCAAUUUGGGCACAAUCCCUUUCUCCUCUAAAUACUCCUGCAAAUUAUGAAGCAAUUGCUCAUACCUACAGCUUGGUUUUGCUAUUUGCCCGGACCAAGAAUUCCAGCAAUGAGACUUUGAUUCGAAGUUUUCAGCUAGCAUUUUCCUUGAGAAGCUUUGCCAUUGGAGGAGGGCCAUUACAGCCGUCACGCCGCCGAUCCCUUUUUACCUUGUCCACAUCAAUGAUUUUAUUUUCUUCUAAAGCCUUCAAUAUUCCUCCUCUUGUUCCCUGUGCUAGAGCUACAAUUACAGAUAAAACAGCUGAUCCAUUUCUACAAUUGGUUGAUGAGUGCAAGUUACAGGCAGUUGACAACCAAUUAGACCAUCCAAGAAAAAGCUAUGGAUCCAAAGAAGAUAAUGAAGAUGCACUAAAGUCACUUUCAGCGAUAGAAAUAUCAGAGGCCCAAUCGAAAGAAUCAUUUGCUACAAUGAUAUCAAAGUUUCUAAAAAAAUCAUCAGAUCAGAAAUCUGCCAUAAGGGAAGAGUUACUCAAAAGUUUUGUGCCAGAUGAUGUAUGUCCACUGGGUGCUGAUUUAUUUAUGGAAAUGGCAGAACAGACGUCUGAGGCAGUAUCAGAGGAGAAAUUUUCUGACAAGGUUGAUCCUCCACUAUUCACUUUAGAUGAUGGUAUUGUACCCAAUACAUCUGAAGGUCAAGUAGAUCGUGGUGUAGACCUAGAUCUAGAAUUAGAACCGUCAGGAUCUUCAGGACUUCUGAGUGUUGGUGAACUUUUAAGUGCAGUUUCAGAAACAACAAAUCAAGUUGGAAGAUUUUCAGUCUCAACCCCGCCUGACUUGCCUUACAUUGAAAUGGCUGGCCACUGUGAGGCCCUUUCAGCGGGGAAGCAUAAAAAGAUGUCUGCUUUAUUGAGCUCUCAACAAAGACAAGAAGGUGUAAUUAGAAUACCUGCUUAUGAGAACAACCAAGAAAAGCAGUCAUCGUCUGAUUUUCCUUUUCAGCAGAGAGGAAACCCAUUCCUUGAUCAAAAUUUUGGUCCUAAUGCAUAUCUUCCCUCUGCUACUACUGGUCCGUUGCUUUGCGCAACUGAAUACCAGCAUCAUCAGUUCUUUCAGUUACCAGCAUCAAGUCCCUAUGAUAACUUUCUAAAGGCUGCUGGCUGUUGAGACCAUUAAAAAUGAAUAGUAGGUCCCACAAAGCUCAAAUUCUGUAGUGGAGUUAGGAAGUAAGCUUAAACGGCACAAUGUGGAUAAGAAAGCCUUUUAGAAUCAUAGCAUUUAGGAUCCAGCUAUUGACAGAUCAGCAACUCGGCAUUGCCAAAUCAUUUUGGUAUCAGUUAGAAUUCAAGCUCCAAUCCUAUGAAAAGGUUAAGGAUGAAGCUCCAGUAGCUCAUUGGGGAGACAAAAUCAUGAGUUCUUAUUCCUGCUGCACUUGAAUUAGGCGCACAUAGAUAUCAGCCUUCAUUGGUGGAUUAGUGAUACUAUGUGCUUUUUUAUUUUCCAAUUUUGAUUGUUGUUGGUUUGAACUUUUGAAUCCCCCAUUCAUUUAUUCUUUCAUAUUUAUUUCAUUCUUUAAAGGGAAAAGUGUUUCCCUUUUUCUUCUUUCUUCCCAUUAAAUCUUAACUUGUAUAUUUAUUGAAUUUAUUUGAGUGCCUUGGUGUUCCUCCAAAUGCUACAAGCAGCUUGUAUAGUUUUGCAUUUACCUAGUAGAGGCAAGUUUGUAAGGUUCGAGUUUUCUGUAAUUGAUAUCUAUCAUAAGUUCUCUUUUGCUGUCA